AUGGGAAAAUUAUUGAUGAAGUUGAUGUUUUAUUAUCAAUACCCAGUAUUUAGUGUUAUUUAAAAAAAGAUGAAAAAUGCUGUUAGGAAACAUCCCUUCGAAUAAUAAUAUGAACAACAUGACCGUGAACUUAUAAUGAGCCUGAGUUAUUAAAUUAUCAAUAUAUUUUAUGCAAUGAUAUUUGCUUACAGCAAAAUCCUCCAAAAAAAAAUUAUGUGA